AUGGGAAUUCUCCUUAAAGAUUUUCAAGGGUCAUUGCCAUUAUACAUUCUAUUGCUAUGUUGUUUGGUGGACAUAUGCCAAAGUCUCACUUCAGAUGGUGAAGCUCUUGUGAACUUCCGGACAAGCAUUAUUAGUUCAGAUGAUGUUCUUGGUCAAUGGAGACCAGAGGAUCCUGAUCCAUGUGGAUGGAAAGGGGUAAUAUGUGAUUCAAAAACAAUGAGAGUUAUAUCUUUGAAUGUUUCCAAUCACAAGUUAAAGGGACUCAUAUCACCAGAUAUUGGAAAGCUAGAUCACUUGAAAUUCUUAGAUCUUCAUUACAACAAUUUUUAUGGAGAAAUUCCUCCAGAGUUGGGAAAUUGUACAGAGCUGCAAGGAUUAUUUUUGCAGAAUAAUUACUUGAGUGGAUUUAUUCCUACUGGAUUGGGAAACCUUUCGAACCUUCAAACAUUGGAUAUUUCUAGUAACUCUCUUGAUGGAAGAAUUCCCACAUCACUUGGGAAUUUGAGGAACCUUCUAACCCUCAAUGUCUCAUCCAAUUUUCUAGCUGGGCCAAUCCCAACAGAUGGUGUUUUUGACCAAUUUGGAAGUAACUCGUUUGUUGGAAACAGUGACUUAUGUGGGAAGCAAAUUAAUAAGUUAUGCAAAGAUGAAGUUGGAAAUCAACAGACUACAGGGAAUCAAAAUGUGAAAAAGAAUUCUGGAAGGUUACUUAUUAGUGCUUCAGCUACUGUUGGUGCAUUGCUUCUUGUUGCCCUCAUGUGUUUCUGGGGUUGUUUUCUCUAUAAAAAACUCGGGAAAAAUGAUGCAAAAGGGAUUGCAAAGGAUGUGAGUGGAGGUGCAUCGAUUGUGAUGUUUCAUGGAGACUUGCCAUAUUCAUCAAAGGAUAUAAUAAAAAAGCUGGAAGCUUUAAAUGACGAGCAUAUAAUUGGUGCUGGAGGAUUUGGAACAGUCUACAAGCUUUCAAUGGAUGAUGGAAACGUUUUUGCUUUAAAAAGAAUCGUAAAAUUAAACGAAGGAUUUGAUCGUUUUUUUGAGAGAGAGCUUGCAAUUCUUGGAAGCAUCAAACAUAAAUACUUGGUGAAUUUACGAGGAUACUGCAAUUCUCCAACUUCAAAACUCUUGCUCUAUGACUACUUAGCAGGUGGAAGCCUAGAUGAAGCUCUCCAUGAAAAUGGUGAUGAACAACUGGCAUGGGAGACACGGGUGAAGAUAAUCAUGGGAGCUGCAAAAGGGCUGGCUUACUUGCAUCAUGACUGUUCCCCUCGAAUUAUACACCGCGAUAUAAAAUCAAGCAACAUUUUGCUUGAUGGAAAUUUCGAGGCCCGGGUUUCUGAUUUUGGACUUGCAAAACUGUUGGAAGAUGAAGAAUCUCACAUCACCACCAUUGUUGCAGGAACUUUUGGAUACUUGGCUCCGGAAUACAUGCAAAGUGGUAGAGCAACAGAGAAGACGGAUGUUUAUAGUUUUGGUGUGCUGAUGCUUGAAGUUGUAAGUAGAAAGAGGCCCACGGAUGCUUCUUUCAUAGAGAAAGGGCUUAAUAUUGUUGGCUGGUUGAAUUAUUUGGUGACGGAGGAUAGGCAGCGUGAGAUAAUUGAUGGAGAGUGUGAGGGGGUGGAGGCGGAGACAUCUGAUGCUCUGCUGUCGGUUGCAAUUCAAUGUGUGAGUCCGAGUCCUGAAGAUCGGCCCACAAUGGACAGAGUCGUCAAAACACUUGAGUCCGAGGUUAUGACUCCAUGCCCAAGCGACUUCUAUGAUUCUGCAUCCGAUUGAAGAACAUUUUCUGCAAAUUCAUUUUCCACGUCAUCACCCAAUUCCAAUCCAUUCUUUCAUGCAGUAAAGAUGAGUACCAAUUUUUUUUGGGCUUGUCAUAUUUACAAAUUUACCCCACCACCCCCCUUCCCCUUUCCCUUUUGUGAUAAUAUAACAUUUACUUGGUAAUUAAUUAGCCACAUGUGUAUAGGUAAUAGGAUCCUCUUUCUUUCUCGGUGACAAUGCCAUUUCUGUAUAAUAUGCUCUGUGCUCGCUC